AUGGAAACAAUAUUUGGAAAUAGCAUGGCCACAGGAAACUUUGCAAAGGACUCAAGUGCACCUCUAGGAAGAGACGAUAAUGAUGCUGACAGCCAAGAGGCGGAGGAUACUGGAUAUGAUGCAAGUGAAGGUACUACUCAAGGGGCAACAUCUAGUGCUAGCAGACCCAGCAAGAGGGCAAAGUUAGCUGAAAUCGAAGAGGAGGGGCUGAUUGGUGCUGUCAAAAGUGUAGGUAAAUACCUUGCAAAUGCUAUACAAAUGGUUGCUCAUCCGGAUGACCUGCCACCAGACCUAUUUCCAAUGUUGCAGAGCAUGCCUGGUUUCAAUUCAGCCCACAUAUCUUAUUACUUCCAUUAUUUGGUUGCGAACCCUAGCAUUGGUAGAGCUUUCUACGCCCUGCCAUGA